AUGUCUAGUCUGGUUCCCCUGUUACCUGGCCCUGCUAGGCCAGUGGAGACCCAGACCACCACGCCUGUGACCCAAACAAAUAUCGUUCUGCGGAAGCGACUCCGGCCUGUGUCUGCAGCCUGUGAUGAAUGUCGCAAGCGGAAGUUAAAAUGCAAUGUUCCGUGGCCGUGCGAGCCAUGUGUACUCCGCAACUCUGAAUGUCAGUUUGGUCAAAAACCCGACAUUCAGAUGCUUUAUCGGGCACUGCAACGUAAGUUCACCGAGAUGAAUGGUGAUAAGGAUCGUCUUGAUUCUAUUGUUACGAUGAUGCGCGAGAAGCCCGAGGAUAUAGCACUCGCUAUCUUCAGGCGGGUUCGAACAGGAGCUGAUCUAGAGGCUAUCUUGAACUCAGUGGAGGGCGGGGAUCUACUGAUGCAGUUGCACCUAGCCCCUUCAUCCCAGUUCCACUACACACUCCCAAACCGGUGUGCGUUGCCUGGUAUCUUCGCCAAAACGAAGAGUGUAUACAUGGACUCCUUGGCCUUCGAGGCGCCAUACUUUAGCCCGGAGUCUCCACAGACGUUUGAUGCACGUUUGAUCUCGUAUUUAGAGGCCCCAAAGUACAUGCCAUACUACUCUGCGAGACUAGUCGAACCAUUGCUGGAUUGCGCUACGAUCUCUCGCUGGACGAAUGUGUGCACGGAUGAGCCUUUGCUGCACAGUCUCAUGGAAGCUUACUUCCUGCACAUAUAUUCGGCGUUCCCAUUCUUCCACAAAGAGUGUUUCUUACGCGGUCUUGGCUCUGUAUCUCGUCAUUUCUGCUCCAGCCUUCUCGUCAAUGCUAUCUUAGCUCAUGCUUGUCACGCUACCCCCAUGGUUGCGCACCGCAACGAGCAUUGGAAUCCACAGACUCUUGGCUACAUGUUCCUCGCCGAGGCCCGGCGUUUAUUGGAACUUGAAACAGGUCGACCAAAAAUCACAACAAUCCAGGCCAUGCUCGUGAUGAACAUUACCAUGAACGAUCAUGGUGUUGAAGGCGCCGCAUACCAAUAUUUAACCAAGGCCGUGGCUCUCGCAUAUCUCAUGGGUUUAUUCAACUCGGCUAGUGAACAGGAGGCGGACCAAGAUGUCAAGGUUGUUUUUGAAGUUACAGCCUGGGCUCUUUUCGCUUGGCAAGGAAUCAUGUCCUCCAUGUUGCAACAAUCACCUCUGGUCAAGCAGCCGCCUCAGACGCCGCACCCCGCCGAGUUCCCAUUUUGGUAUGGCGAUAUCCAGCUUCGAUAUCCUUCCAGCCAAGAGCCCGUCUCAACCAAGUAUCACCAAGCGUUCAAGGCAUACUUGGAGUUCUGGACCAUAUUCAACGACAUCGGCCUCUUUUUGUUCCGUCCUGUACAAGUCCGGUCCCUUUACCUUGGCCAGGCAGUCGAGUUCUAUGUUCGAUUACGGUCCUGGUUCGAUGGUCUCCCCGAUGACUUGUAUCCAGGGAAAAUAGUCCUACCUUUUCAGCUAAAGCUACAUAUACAAUACUGGGCUCUUGUGACGGACCUCUUUAAGCCCUUCACGGGCUGGGACGAUCCCACAAAAUCACUUGGCCAGACGCCCUCUGAGAUAUAUGCAGAUGCUCGAAGGAACCAAGAGCUACUGCUGAGAAUUUAUUACUUGCGACAUGGGACAGAAACUCACGACUCUUGGCUCUCCAUGUUUCUUCCCAGGCUUGGCUUUCUCGCACUACAAGAAGUAGCAUCUUCAUCAGACGAUGGCGACUCGCUUGCAACAUUGAUCCUGGCGCUCACAAGCCUCGAUAACCAAGGCAAGUGUUACUUUAAGGCGGAGUUCACGCUACGAACGAUCUGUGCACAGAUGUGUUCUCGAGACCUUGAGACCUUCAAGCAGUUCGCAACCUUUCAGGAUCUCGAUGUUCCUCAGGCCAUAGCAAGUCGCCUUGGCCUUAUUAAAUCAAGCUGGCCUGUAAACAUGGAUUUUACCAAAGAAGAGCGGAAGAACAUCCGCGAUGUAGCUGUUGAGGCCAUUGGGAUGAACUUGAUGGACGAUGAGUAG